UGUACUUGGGAAAAAGACUUUGGCAAAUGUUAACCUGGUGCCAGAAUGACCUUGGAAGCCUUUUGGAUGGAUUCUGCCUGAAUCGCAGCAUGUUAAAGUCCAGGAUUUAAAGCCAUCUUGAUCUUUUGAGCUCACCCUCCUCCUUUCUCCCCCAAAGCUGAGAUGUGUCACUGGUGAACUAAGGCUGAUGAAGAGACCUGAGCACACUGAGGAUGCUCAGCUGUAAUUCAGGCACUGGCACUUUCUACUGAAGCAGGUUUUGAGACACUGAUUUGCAGUGUUUAACAGAUGCUGGCACAGGCACCUGCUUGUUGGAGCCAAAGCUGCAAAUUCCCUUAAUUCCAAGCCAUGAAUGAAUCCAGGUGGACUGAAUGGAGGAUCCUGAACAUGAGCAGUAGCAUUGUGAAUGUGUCCGAGCAUCACUCCUGCCCACUUGGAUUUGGUCACUACAGUAUGGAGGAUGUCUGCAUCUUUGAGACAGUUGUCAUUGUCUUGCUGACAUUCCUAAUCAUCGCUGGGAAUUUAACAGUCAUCUUUGUCUUUCAUUGUGCUCCACUGUUACACCAUUAUACUACCAGCUACUUCAUACAGACAAUGGCAUAUGCUGACCUCUUCGUUGGAGUUACCUGCUUGGUUCCUACUCUGUCCCUUCUCCAUUACUCUACAGGUGUCCACGAGUCAUUGACUUGCCAGGUGUUUGGAUAUAUUAUCUCAGUUCUAAAAAGCGUUUCUAUGGCAUGUCUUGCUUGCAUCAGUGUGGAUCGCUAUCUUGCAAUAACCAAGCCUCUUUCCUACAAUCAACUGGUCACCCCUUGUCGCCUGAGAAUUUGCAUUGUUAUGAUUUGGAUUUAUUCUUGCCUAAUUUUCUUGCCUUCCUUUUUUGGCUGGGGCAAACCUGGUUACCACGGUGACAUUUUUGAAUGGUGUGCCACGUCUUGGCUCACCAGUGCCUAUUUUACAUGCUUCAUUGUUUGUUUACUUUAUGCUCCUGCUGCCUUGGUUGUCUGCUUCACUUACUUCCACAUUUUCAAAAUUUGCCGGCAGCACACCAAAGAGAUAAAUGACCGGAGGGCCCGAUUCCCUAGCCACGAGGUAGAUGCCUCUAAGGAGGCAGGACACAGCCCUGAUCGUCGCUACGCCAUGGUUUUAUUUAGGAUAACCAGCGUGUUUUACAUGCUAUGGCUUCCGUAUAUUAUUUACUUUCUUCUAGAAAGUUCUCGUGUCUUGGACAAUCCAACCCUGUCCUUCCUAACCACCUGGCUGGCUAUAAGCAAUAGCUUUUGUAACUGUGUAAUCUACAGCCUCUCCAACAGUGUUUUCCGCCUUGGCCUCCGAAGGCUCUCCCAGACAAUGUGCACAUCCUGUAUGUGUGCGAAGGGCCAGGAAGCACAAGAUCCCAGACCCAGGGGACGGCAAAUCCCUGCUCCAUUUGAAGAGAACCGCACCGUAAAUCAAAUGUAACGUGACAGUGUUUUUGGAUUGUAUUCUUGAUUCAUUUGGAAAUUUGCCCCAGAGAAAUAUUUAUGUAAUAGUUGACCAUGAAGUGAAGAACGAGAUUAAAGAUCUCUUUUAUUUCCUUUUGUGCAAGGGGGAAGAAAACAAAAGGAAAAGAUCUAUGAGGAAUAAUCUCUUAAGAGAAUUGUAGCUUGUGAAUGUAUGUUUAGUGUUCAAUCCUCAUCACUGAUGAUAGAAGAGGUACUUAAAAUCUACAAAACAUGAGCAAGCCCCAUGGCAUUUCUCUUUCUAUGUCCUUUCUGCCUGUGUGUCUGUUUUUUAUUUAGUUUUAUCUCAUGUUCUUACUCUUUGUACUUGUGUGAACUAUUAAUUGCUAAACUGCUCUUUAUGAAAAGUGCUGUACAUGUAUGUGGCCAAGUAUAGCCUUUCCAUCAGAGCAUUGAAAUAUGUCAAUCUGCACCACUUGUGUUGUCCUUAGGGAGGAUGCGCAGUGUUACAUUUUACUGUUUGUCAUACAGCCCUUAUAUUUAUGUUCUUGUCAUCUUCUCCAUAGCACAGAAUUUCUACUACAAACAGAAAGGAGCAAUGUUUUUCUGAUUCUAUAUAAAAGGUCGUUUAGUUUCUCCUCCCUUUUUUCAACACCUGCUAUUGCUUUUUCAAUUUUUCUCCAUCUGAAUGCUGUGGAAUACAUUCUAGAAGUGUCUUAGCUGAUGAAAGAAUUCUCUAUAUAAGGCAGUCAAGAUGUUAAACAAGCUAUUCUUUCGAACAAAGCAAUCUAGUAGCUAGGAGGUUGUGUUCAAUACUUCAGUGGAUUUUUAAAACAUUUUUACCUGCUUUCUUUGAAGUUUGUUAACGUGCCUAAAGUCCCUUUUGCUAUAGUAAAGCUUUUUUUUUUCUCUCUGUAAAGCCCACAGUAAUCCUAAUGCAGAAUACUUACCAGUAAUGAUGUGUCAUUCUUUGUGCUACUCAGAAUGUCCUUUAGAAAAAGCUAACCACUGAAAUUGUAUGUUAGGUCUGAAGCAAUUUACUUUCAUGUCCACUAUUCAUUUGUGUGGUAUGUAUUUGAAUAUUUUAUAUUUUUUACAAAAAUAUAAAUUAUAUUACGUGAUUUGUGCCUAAUGUUUUCUUAGCACAAUAUAUAUAUAUAUAUAUCAAUAUUGUUGAAGUUGUCAACAUUGGCAAACAUAUAUAUGGACUUAUUUUAAAAGGAAGAUACUUUUGUGUAGCUGUUAUUUAGAUAUAUUAGAUGAAGCUGCAUUCUUAGUGCUGCUGGGAUUGUAGUAUACCUAUAAAAAGCAGUUUAGAUAUGUCGGUACUUUGUUUUAUAAUGGUUAGUUUUUAAAUGCAGAGAUGAACUUAUUUUUUAGUGUGUUACUUGACAGUAACUAUAAGUUGGGGGUUUAGGGUCAGCCAUAAUAAAGCGGAUGUGAGCAAAACAGCUUACAUUCUUACCCUAUGUUCUUGACUGGAAGAGGCUUGAAAAUUUCUAUCACAUUGCUGAGGAUUUUUCUUCUCAGCACUUUAGACUUUUGUGCUUUACGAGAAACAUUUAAUGAAGCGUGCCUAGGACUCUGACUUAGAAGCCAACCGUGUCUGCACACUGGUGUUUUUAUUUCAGAAGUCUGUUAAAGGAGUGUUAUCAUUUUAUUGAGGUUGUUCUGAACCCCUGUAUAUUUUUUAAAUGUGUAAGAAAGGUUUAAAUAAAGAAUAAAAUAGUAUUCUAUAUAUGAAAACCCAACUUUGUAACUGAUUACUGAAACAUCAGGAACAAGAAUUACAUGUCUGGGAAUCAGAAUCAAAUUGUUAUAUACUUCAUAGCUGAAGUUUGUAUGGACUCUUGUUUCCUGUUUGCCAGUGAUAUUGUAGAAGAAUUGAAGUGUGCCAUUUUAUUUCCAUCUCUUCAAAUAUGAUAAAUAAAUUCUCCAAUAUUAUGCAUAUUAUUCAGAAAUCCAUUUUUAUUUGUUUAACAUAACAAUUUAGAAGAGCUGGAAAGAUGACUCAAUGAUUAAGAGCACUUACCACUCUUGAGGAGACAUGAGUUCCAUUUCCAGUAUCCCACGGGGCUUACAACCAUCUGUAACUUUAGCUCUGGCAGGUCUGAUAUCCCCUUCAGGCCUCAGCAGGCACCUACACUUGUCUGUAUAACAUAUAUACAUACACACAUAUAUACGUAAUAAAAAAUAAGUGUUUAUGGGAUUUUAGAAGUCUGGACAAAGAUUCUGGAGCUAGUCCCUCUCCUGAAUUUUCCUCAUAAUAUCAAAUGGUUUUGUACCAGAUUUAAAGUCAAGUUUUAUGUGUAGGAUAACAUUAAUUCUCUCUACAGCCCUUGCUCAUAUUACAGUUAUUAUUUCCAGUCUAGAGCUGAGGAAAAGUGAUUCACUUCAUAUCACUCAACUGAUUAAAGAGCCUUGUUGCACACUUCUCUGGCCUAGUGUCAAAGCCAGUGUAUUUCACAGUUGUCUACACCUGGCCUUAGCUGAACAAGUCUUCACUGAUGUUUAGACAAACCUCCAGACCUAUGUAUUGUGCAUGUCCUUCAAAAAUUCUAGGCAUCAUUUAUGUUUUCUUUUUUUUUUUCCUCACCUCCCCCCAUGGAGUAUCAUUUCCUUUGAUCUUGUGCACUUCUUUUUUUUAAGCCCAACCUUACCAGCAAAUUUUGUAAUCAAACUCAAAACUCUGGGGCAUGCUUUCUCCUUGAUUUUUGAUCAUUUGUGGUAGAUUUUCCUUGAAUAGCUUUUUCAAAGCUCUUUGAACUUUUCCUGAAGAAAAAAAGAAAGCAUCUUUUGAAGGGAAAAAGUGAAAAAUAAAGACUUUCUUUCUUUUAAUAAAGAAGUCUUGCAGCAGACACAUCCCGGCCCUCUGGCUCUUAAGAGUCUUUUUGUUUUCUCUCCUGAGAUAAUGUCCCCUGAGUCUUUCUUGAAUAGAUUGUGUUGCUAAUGGAUCAGUUGGAGGCAACCCACAGGAACUUGUCCUCUGUGUUUGACUAGUUGUUUCCAUCUGAUGAGGUGUGAGAGCUACAUUUAUAUGUUAAUAUAAGGCUGUGGGAGAAUUUGGGGAGGAAUGGGAGUAUGAAUAUUAUUAAAAUAUGUUGUAAAAAAUUUAAAAGAAUUACAAAAAUAUUAUUAAAAAUUUUUGUCCUAGAGUGAAAGAGACUAAGUGAGGAAUAUUCUGGACUCUGGGCAGUUUACUUCCCUUUGGUAUGUUUUAAUAUGUGUUUAUGUAAUAAGGUGACAAUUUGAGACUGUUCUUUUAAUCUUUAAAGAUUGGGUAGCAUAAUAUAUGUUUCCUAUCAUGGUAUUAUAUUUCAUAGUAUUUAUAUCUGGUUUGGUUGUAAGUGAGAGUCACAAAUUAUAUUGCAUUCUAUUACCAGGGAUACUUGGUUCUAAGGCUACAUAGUGUAGUAGGGCUUUGGACCUCAAUAAUGUAUGAAACCUGUCCUUGAAAUUCUAGGUCUGUGGUUUUGGAUUGAUACUGAAUGUUUUAAGACUUCAGUUUUCUCAUUGACAAAAUCAGAGACUGGUUCCUUCUGUUACAAAAUGUGAGGACUAAAUGGACCUUGGAGACUGUAUCCUCAGCACAUGGAUUCUUUACAUAGACAGUAUUCAGAAUGUUUGAGCUGCUGUUUGAUUAACUUUCUGCUAUCAUAUUUAUUGCCACAGAUUCACAAAUAAAAUAAUUCCAACUGAAACAGAAUUAAUCCCUUUAGAAUUUUAGACUUUUCUAAAAUUGCAUUUUCCUGCUUACAGGUGUUUAAAACCCAGAUUUUGGAUUAAACUUAGAUGUUUUUAAUUACGUAAAUGUCCACUACAUCUGAAGACAUAUUUCCCAGAAAUAGUUAUUUGUGAUUAAAGACAUCCCACAAGCAAUUGUUAAGGCAGUCAGGUAUGAGUCAAAGAUUAUUUUCUUAUUUUUGUGUAUUAAACAAUGUUUUAAACAUUCUUGUUUCAACAAUGUUGCAAUACUAAGUAGGAAUUGUCUUAUUAUUUUUCUUUGCAAUAUGAUUUCUGUCAUUUAUUAAAGUGGAGUUUGAAGUA